AUGGACCAGAUUGACACUGUCUUAAGAUCUGAAGCCAUCUUGUUACAAGAAGAUCCAGUUGUGUUUUCACCUGCUGUGGUCACCCAGCACCAGAGUAAAGCUCAAAUGGCAGAAGAGCUGGCUGACAGCGGGACACACAGUCCAAGCUGGGAGAUGCUCCAGGAUGUGGGAGCAGGGCUGCAGAACAUAGGCAACAGCUGCUACCUGAACGCAGCCCUGCAGUGCCUCACACACACACCACCUCUGGCCAGCUACCUGCUGUCCGGGGAGCACUCCCAGAGCUGUUGUCACCCGGAAGACUGCUGGAUGUGUGCCAUGGAAGCCCAUGUGAUCCACAGUUUUUUCCACUCCAGGGAUGUCAUGCAGCCCUCACGCAAGCUGACUGCUGCCUUCCACAAGUCCCAGCAGGAAGACGCCCACGAGUUUCUGAUGUUCACCUUGAAUGCCAUGCAUGAAUCUUGCCUUCUAGGGAGCACAAGCAUGGAACCCGACUCUAAGGACAGCACCUUAGUUCCUGACAUAUUUGGUGGCUCCUGGAGGUCUCAGAUCGAGUGUCUCCACUGCCAGGGCACCUCAGAUUCCUUUGAUCCCUUCCUGGACAUCCCUCUGGAUAUCAGAAUGGCUCAGAGUGUGAAGGAAGCCUUGGAGAAUUUAGUGGAGGCAGAAGAGCUGUGUGGAGACAAUGCAUAUUACUGUCAUAGUUGUCAGGAGAAAACGCCAGCUUUGAAGACCCUGACAGUUCAAACUGCCCCCAAGGUCUUGCUGUUAGUGUUAAACCGCUUCUCAGGCUUCACGUUUGACAAAGUGGAUAGUAUAGUGAGCUACCCAGAGUUCCUUGACCUGCAGCCUUACAUGUCUCGGCCUAGUAGGAGACCAUUGAUGUAUGCCCUCUAUGCUGUGCUGGUCCACAAUGGUGCGUCUUGUCACAGUGGACAUUACUUCUGUUAUGUCAAAGCCGGCAAUGGAAAGUGGUAUAAGAUGGAUGAUUCCAGGGUCACCAGCUGCAAUGUGACUUCUGUUCUGAGUGAGCCUGCCUAUGUGCUCUUCUAUGUCCAGCAGACUGAUCUCAAGAAGGACAGUGUCAAUGCACCUGUAGGCAGAGUAAACAAGGCUCUCAGUAAACAAGGCCCCGAAUCUCAGACCUGGCAGAAAAAGCUCAACACUGAGUCUUGCAUACAAGAACGUGAAGAAGAGACAAGAGAUCAAAGGAAGUAUUCAGUGACCAGAGAAAUCUCCUUAGACCAAUGGAAAGUGCUUCAGGAACAAAACCGCCCGUACCCAGUGCUGAACCUCAGGAAAAUUCAGCCCACUCUGCCAGCCAAUGCAGUUGUGAUUCACCCAUCCAGACACAAAGAGGACAGGGGCAGAGCCGCCCCUGACAAGGAGAAUUUCCCAUGUCCCAGUGCUGCCAAGCUCCUGAAUGUUCAGGACCCCAUGAACCCUGGGCAGCUCUGCAGUCAGGUAGGGAGACGAAAGUCUAAGAAGAAGAGGAAGAACAAGCAAGAAUGGGGACUUCUCACUGCUUACUAA